UCAAAAAAAUAAUUUUGACAAAAUAAAAAAGCAAUUCAACUUUUAGUUCCCUCACUAAAAAAAGAAAAGAAAAGAAAGUGAAAGAGAAACAAUAUAAAAUGGGAUCGGAAAAUUGGAGUUUAACGGCGAAGUUAUGCGACUCAUGCAAAACGACGUCGGCUACAGUGUUUUGCCGUGCAGAUUCUGCGUUUUUAUGCUUAAGUUGCGAUUGCAAAAUCCACGCGGCGAACAAGCUCGCGUCGCGUCACGCGCGCGUUUGGGUUUGCGAAGUGUGUGAGCAAGCACCGGCUAGCGUCACGUGCAAGGCGGAUGCGGCCGCACUCUGCGUCACGUGCGAUCGCGAUAUCCAUUCCGCGAAUCCGUUAGCUCGUAGACACGAGCGUUUUCCUGUUGUUCCGUUUUACGACUCAGCCAUCGCCGUGAAAUGUCACGGCGAUGGUGAGGGAAGUACGGAUUUCACUCCUCCUCAUGAACAUGAGGAGGAAGCUGAAGCGGCGUCGUGGAUACUCCCGACGCCGAAAGAAGCUGGAAAUGAUAAUGAUAAUAAUAAUAAUAAUCAGUAUAAAACUGCUGAUUAUUUGUUUAAUGAUAUGGAUUCGUAUUUGGAUUUAGAUAUUAUGUCUUGUGAGCAAAAACCGAAUAUUCAUCAUCAGCAGCAUCAACAACAUGGACAUUAUAGUUCAGAUGGAGUUGUGCCUGUGCAGAAUAACAACGAGGCGACACAUUUGCAAUUAGGUCAGGUUGUUGAUGGUUUUCCAACUUAUGAAAUGGAUUUUGGUGGAUCUAAACCUUACUUGUACAACUUCAACUCUCAAUCCAUUAGCCAAAGUGUCUCAUCAUCAUCUAUGGACGUUGGAGUUGUGCCUGACCACAGUACAAUGGGGGAUGUAUCAAACACCUUCGUGAUGAACUCAUCGACCGCAGGGGCUGACGUACCGAACCCGGUCUCGGGGGUAGACAGGGAAGCUAGGGUAAUGAGGUACAGAGAGAAAAGGAAGAAUAGAAAGUUCGAGAAGACUAUUCGAUAUGCUUCUAGAAAGGCUUACGCUGAGACCCGACCUAGAAUCAAAGGGCGAUUCGCUAAACGUACUGAGAUCGAAAUUGACUCACUCCUUAAUGUCCCCGAUGCGUCUUACAGCGUCGUUCCGUCGUUUUAAUGCGACAAUAAAUAACAACAUACCUAAAUAAAUCCC